CCCCCACCCUCUCCUCCGCCAAGUCUACCCCUCAGUGGGCGAACCUCCUCAACAUCUCCUGUGACGGGCAGUGGUCACAGGAACACAGAGCGAGCAAAGGGGUGAGCCGCUGAGGAGGGGAAAACGUGCACUAAGCCAUUUUCUUGGAGGAGCCAGAGUCGUUUGAUGGGAAGAGGAUGCAUUGCGGGCUGCUGGAGGAGCCUGAUAUGGAUUCCACAGAGAGUUGGAUUGAAAGAUGUCUCAACGAGAGUGAGAGCAAGAGAUACUCGAGUCACACGUCUCUGGGGAACAUGUCCAACGACGAACAUGAAGAAAAAGAAAACAACAGAGCCUCUAAACCACAUUCGACACCGGCUACUCUGGAAUGGCUAGAAGAGAACUACGAGAUAGCCGAAGGAGUGUGUAUCCCCCGAAGUGCCCUCUAUAUGCAUUACCUGGACUUCAGCGAGAAGCACGAUACUCAGCCUGUGAACGCAGCCAGCUUUGGAAAGAUCAUAAGACAACAGUUUCCAGCGUUAACUACCAGAAGACUGGGGACCAGAGGGCAGUCUAAGUACCAUUACUACGGCAUAGCGGUUAAAGAGACCUCUCAGUACUAUGACGUGAUGUACUCCAAAAAGGGAGCGGCGUGGGUGAACGAGACGGGGAAGAAAGAGGUCACCAAGCAGACAGUGGCGUAUUCACCACGCUCCAAACUGGGGACGCUCCUGCCAGAGUUUCCAAAUGUCAAAGACCUAAAUUUGCCUGCCAGCCUGCCAGAAGAGAGGGUGUCGACUUUCAUCAUGAUGUACAGAACGCACUGUCAGAGGAUACUGGACACUGUUAUAAGAGCCAACUUUGAUGAGGUGCAGAGCUUCUUGCUGCACUUCUGGCAGGGCAUGCCCCCCCACAUGCUCCCCGUCCUCGGCUCGGCCACAGUAGUGAACAUAGUGGGUGUUUGUGACUCCAUCCUCUACAAGGCCAUCUCUGGGGUGCUGAUGCCCACCGUCCUGCAAGCACUGCCUGAUAGUUUGACUCAGGUUAUCCGAAAAUUUGCCAAACAGCUCGAUGAGUGGCUAAAAAUAGCACUUCACGACCUCCCUGAAAACCUGAGGAACAUCAAAUUUGAACUGUCCAGGAGAUUUUCUCAGAUUCUCAAGCGGCAAACUUCAUUAAACCACCUCUGUCAGGCAUCACGGACGGUGAUAAACAGUGCUGACAUCACCUUUCAAAUGCUGGAGGACUGGAGGAAUGUGGACUUGAACAGCAUCACCAAGCAGACACUUUACACCAUGGAGGACUCACAAGAGGAGCACAGGCAGCUUAUCAUCCACUUAUAUCAAGAGUUUGACCGUCUGCUGGAGGAGCAGUCUCCCAUCGAGGCGUACAUCGAGUGGUUGGACUCGAUGGUGGACCGCUGUGUCGUCAAGGUGGCAGGGAAGAGGCCCGGGUGUCUGAAGAAGGUGGCCCAACAGUUCCUGCUGAUGUGGUCGUGUUUUGGUACCAGAGUCAUCCGGGAUAUGACCCUCCACAGCGCGCCCAGCUUCGGGUCCUUCCACCUGAUCCACCUCAUGUUUGAUGAUUACGUGCUCUACCUGCUGGAGUCCCUGCACUGCCAGGAGAGGGCCAAUGAGCUCAUGAGGGCCAUGAAGGGGGAAGGCAGCACAGCAGAGAGAGAGGAGGAAUUCCCGUCGACAGAGAACACCCCGGCCUCCCCGUCUCCGGCGUCCUUCUCUCCCGCCCGCUCAGUCCACUCUGUUGGCGUUUCCUCGGCCAGUUCCCCCACAGCAGCCGUGUCCCCCGAGUACAACGGAGUCACCCCGUCCACCACAGGCGCUGUUCAGUCAUAUACCUGGUCCCUUACAUACACAGUGACAACAGCAGGCGGCUCCGCUCCAGAGGCCGGCCAGCAGCUGUCCUGUAUGAGGAACAGCGCUCCAGUGCCCCCUCCCUCCUCCGCCCACAGGAUGCCCGUCUACACGCACAGAGAGGAGCAUGGGUACACAGGUAGCUACAACUACGGCAGCUACACCAACCAGCAUCCUCACUCCAUCCAGAGCCAGUAUCCAAGUCUGACCCACGAGUCAACGAUCCCACCGCCCCUCCACUACUCGGCCUACCACCGCUCAUCCGCACAGUACCAGCUCAACGGCCAGAUGUCUCGAAUGGAGCCUUGCUUGAUGGGCAGCACGCCUCGCUUGCACCCCGCACCUGUCGCCCCCCGGUGGACAGAUGUGUCACCAGCUAACAGCUGUUACACCAGCCCGCCUAUGCAUUCAUCCCGCUAUGCCGCCUCUGGGGACAUGUACUCUCCACUGGGCCCGCGCAGGAACUCAGAGUAUGAACACUCGCAGCAUUUCCCCGGCUUUGCCUACAUCAACGGCGAGGCCACCACCGGCUGGGCCAAAUAGCUGGAUGGGCCUUUCCUGCUAAAAUCUGUGAAUGCAAAGUCUUUUAACACUUCCAAUCAUGUGCAUCAAAAAAAAAGGAGGAGCAGAUAUAGUGGAGCAUACCAAUGCAAGGUAUUAGGAAUCAUGGUAAGAACGUACUGACAAUUUGAAAAUCCCCUCGAUGAUUGUUGUAUAGUUUGUGCAGAGAUUUAAUUCCAUUUCUUCAAAUCAACAAUCAAAGUUUUUUGCCCGCUGCGGGGGGUAAAAUAUCCCUUCAAAUCAUGUAGAUUGUUAAAAACAUGCAGCAAAAUCAUGAGUGCAAUGCUGGUCAAUCUGUGCCUUUGUUUUAAGGAAUGUACCCCUCUGCCAGUUUCCCUCAGUCAGCCUCACAAGUGAGCGCCCCAGAUCAUCAGUCUGUUUUAUGACUGCAGGAUCAGUGUGCUGGCAGCUGCCAUUGAAGCCUUUACUGUUUCACUUUCUCCUCCUGUU